UGGGUGAUAAGCGAGGACAGCUGAAUAAUUGGGAGCUCGAAGUUGCUUCUGCCUCCGUGAGAGGUCUGCGUGGCUGUCGCUUUUUCCUUUUUUUAAAAGGAAUCCAAACAUUUGAUCACCGUCACCUGCAAAAGUGAGUUUUAACUGAGGAAACUCCAGCUGCUUUCUCCUUACUGCCAGCAGCCCGGCAAGGCUCCCUCAGAGUGAGCUACUUCUCAGGCCAGGCACGACAGCAGUGCUGGCCAAUCUGAAAAAGCAGGAAACAGCCCCUGCAUGCAGAGAGCUUCCAGCCUAGUCUUCCAGGCCGCUGUGUGGCCAGAGAGCCUUGGUAUUGUGGUCACAUUCCUCAAAAGUGAACAGUCACCAUCGGCGGCGUUUGGAGGAAGCUGUGAUGUUGCAGAUGCUGUGGCAUUUUCUGGCUAGCUUUUUCCCUAGGGCCGGGUGCCAAGACUCCAGAGAGGGGAACGAUCAUGAAGUCAGAGGCACCCCAGCCCCUGCUCGGGGAGACCAGGUAUCAAGCUUUCUCGUGAAACAGGAUGGAAGGGCUGAGGCCACGGAAAAGAGACCCACCAUUUUGCUGGUGGUUGGACCUGCAGAGCAGUUUUCUAAGAAAAUUGUACAAGCUGGAGAUAAGGACCUCGACGGGCAGCUAGACUUUGAAGAAUUUGUCCAUUAUCUCCAAGAUCAUGAGAAGAAACUGAGGCUGGUGUUUAAGAGUUUGGACAAAAAGAACGAUGGACGCAUCGAUGCUCAGGAGAUCAUGCAGUCGCUACGGGACCUGGGCGUCAAAAUAUCUGAACAGCAGGCCGAGAAAAUCCUCAAGAGCAUGGACAAAAAUGGCACGAUGACCAUCGACUGGAACGAGUGGAGAGACUACCACCUCCUGCAUCCCGUGGAAAACAUCCCCGAGAUCAUCCUGUACUGGAAGCAUUCCACGAUCUUUGAUGUGGGCGAGAACCUGACGGUGCCAGAUGAGUUCACAGUGGAGGAGCGGCAGACGGGGAUGUGGUGGAGACACCUGGUGGCAGGAGGCGGGGCGGGGGCCGUAUCCAGGACCUGCACGGCCCCCCUGGACAGACUCAAGGUGCUCAUGCAGGUCCAUGCCUCCCGCAGCAACAACAUGUGCAUCGUUGGCGGAUUCACGCAGAUGAUUCGAGAGGGAGGGGCCAAAUCACUCUGGCGGGGUAACGGCAUCAACGUCCUCAAAAUCGCCCCAGAGUCGGCCAUCAAAUUCAUGGCCUAUGAACAAAUCAAGCGUCUGGUUGGUAGUGACCAGGAGACUCUGAGGAUUCAUGAGAGGCUUGUGGCUGGGUCCUUGGCAGGGGCCAUUGCCCAGAGCAGCAUCUACCCGAUGGAGGUCCUGAAGACCCGGAUGGCCCUGCGGAAGACAGGCCAGUACUCAGGCAUGCUGGACUGUGCCAGGAGGAUCCUGGCCAGAGAGGGGGUAGCCGCCUUCUACAAAGGCUAUGUCCCCAACAUGCUGGGGAUCAUCCCCUACGCUGGCAUCGACCUCGCCGUCUACGAGACGCUCAAGAACGCCUGGCUGCAGCGCUAUGCGGUGAACAGCGCUGACCCCGGCGUGUUUGUGCUCCUGGCCUGUGGCACCAUAUCCAGCACCUGUGGCCAGCUGGCCAGCUACCCGCUGGCCCUGGUUAGGACCCGGAUGCAGGCACAAGCCUCCAUCGAGGGUGCUCCACAGGUGACCAUGAGCAGCCUCUUCAGACAGAUCCUGCGGACUGAGGGGGCCUUCGGGCUGUACCGGGGGCUGGCCCCCAACUUCAUGAAGGUCAUCCCAGCCGUGAGCAUCAGCUACGUGGUGUACGAGAACCUGAAGAUCACCCUGGGUGUACAGUCACGGUGACGGGAACGCAGCCACACCGGCAGACCCCCUGAUCCCGGCUGUGGCCCCGGGAUGUACAGCCACCUCAUUCUGUGAAUGCGCCAACACUAAGCUGACUUGCGCCAAGCUGUGAAAACCCUGGGCCGAACCCACAGGGAGGGGUAGGGAGAGCUGGCAGGCCCAUGGGCUUGUCCUGCUGACCCUGGUGGACCCUUCCGUUGGUUCCAGAGAAGACCCAUGGGCAUUCCUCAGGGUCCAGGGGUCAGCAGGACCCAGGCUCGCACACCUGAGGACAGGACAUCUCCUGCAGCGCCUGCCAAAGAGUGAGCUUGGAGGCCAACUUAGUUUUUCCAUCUUGUCCUUGCAGCCAGACGUUGGCUGCAGGCCCCCCGCUCCCCGGCCUGCCGGGUGCUGCCCUGCGCCCCUCUGCUUCCUUCCUCUCUGCCGACGUGGUGCGGUAGGAGGAGGGCUGCCAGCCCGCGCCCUCCCUGGCCCUCUCCCCUCAGUCCAUGGUGAGAGGUGAGGCCAGUCUGACACCCAACCUACAGGGUUGACACUGACUCAGCUGGGCCGUGAAAGGAAAGGGUCUGGCUUCUGAGCCCCCUCACCUGAGCUGGCUACCGAGCUCGCCCGCAGCUGAGCGCUGGGAGCACGUGUGCACUCAGUGGGCUUCACGGGAGGCCUCUGCUCCCUGCUUGGGGCCUCCUGGACUCUGUCAGGACUGUCCUCACGCGGUGGCAUGAGGGCAGUGGAGAUCAUGUUCUAGAGUGCAGGGCAGAGUGUCUGCAUGCCCUGGUGAGAGAGAAAGGUGUUGAAGGCCUUAAUUACGUAUUGUUGGGAAAAGGGUUUUGUGCAAACAGACAAGCUGGACAAAUCCGCAAGUUCUGUGCUUCCGGAGGGAAGAGCAGGUCGUUUGGCCGACUGCAUUAAAGUCCUCUUCUGAUGCCCCUGGGGACUUGUGUCCAACCUCCCUUGGGGCAAAGUGGGACCAGCCUCACAUUCCACUUAUGUGACAUGUCACACUGCUUGGAGCCUAUUUAUUUUGUAUUUAUUUGAACAGAGUUAUGUCUUAACUAUUUUUAUAGAUUUGUUUAAUAGCUUGUCAUUUUCAAGUUCAUUUUUUAUUCGUAUUUAUGUUCAUGGUUGAUUGUACUUUCCCACACCACCGGGUGGGGAAGGAGGGGUCUCGGGAGGGACCCUUCCUGCUGCCCACAUUCAAUGUCAUGUCCAAAGAAAUUCCUGGAGACAGAAGGAGAGGCAGGUCCUUUGGCCUGGGCAGGGCAGUGCUUCCCCCCAGGGAGCCUCAGGAACCUGGGGUGAUGGGGGGGGAGAGUGGGAGAAACCUCAGCCUUGCAGGCAGAAGUCCCGUUUCCUGGACUGGAAGGAUGCCUUUAUUUCAGCCUCUUUGAAUGACAAGGCAGUGAGGUGCCUCUCGCUGUGAGUGUGUGGGGGGCUGGAGGAGGUGGGAGCCAGCUCCACCCCAGCCCUCGCUCAGUAAUGCUGGUCGGCGUCACAGCUGCACUUCUUGCCACCAGCAUGGCCUGACGGGAACUGCGACAGGAUGCACAGACCAAUGCAAAACUGUUAUAUAUAUUAUAUAUAGUUAUAA